CUUUUUUUUCCGCCUCGUAUAAAACGAGAAGUUCGCGUAAAAGAAAAUACAGAUGGAGAAGGCUCGCCGGCGCGCUGUGUCACAGAGUCCCCUUAAGCCUGCGUGACAACUCGCAUAGUGUCCCUUUGUGACCGGCUCUCCAUCGAGCAACAUUAAAAAAAAAAAAAAAAAAAAAAAAAAAAAAAAUGCCCGGUGUCUGCGUGCUUUGUGUGGCCGCCGCUCUGGCCGCCUUCGCCCGGCUCGCCGGCGCGGUGGGUCCGGUGGUCCGAUGCGAGCCGUGCGACGCCGGCGCGCUGCUCCAGUGCAAGCCGCUGCCCAAGGAGUGCGCGGAGCGGCUGCGGGAGCCCGGCUGCGGCUGCUGCAUGACGUGCGCUCUCGGCGAGGGACACGCGUGUGGAGUGUACACGGCGCGCUGCGGCUCCGGGCUGACGUGCCAGCACCGGCCGGGGGAGAGCCGGCCCCUGCAGGCGCUGCUGGAGGGACGGGGGGUGUGCACCGGCGCGCCGUCCAGAAAGCUCAGCGGCAUUCUCAUACCGGCGCAGAGACACGAAAGUGCUGGGAAUCAGGUGGAGGACUGCGCCAACAUGACCCAGACGAUGACCGUCGUGCCGGGAAUGGCGACUGUGAAGGGCGGGCACAGCCGGGGCUCCAUGGACAGUCGGCACAACACCUUGAUCCAGAAGGAUCAGAACAAGAAGACGCAGAGCUACAAGGUGGAGUCGGUGUCCGGAGGAGCCAACAUGGACAUGCACAACUUCUCCCUGGAGAAUAAGAGGGAGACCGAGUAUGGGCCGUGCCGCCGGGAGAUGGAGAGCAUCCUGAACAGCCUCAAGAUCAGCAACGUGCUCAACCCGAGAGGCUUCCGCAUACCCAACUGUGACAGAAAGGGCUUCUACAAGAAAAAACAGUGCCGUCCAUCCAAAGGUCGGAGGCGGGGCUACUGCUGGUGCGUGGACAAAUACGGGCAGCCGCUGCCCGGGUACGACGGCCGGGAGCGGGGCGAGACGCAGUGCUACAACCUGGAGAACAAGUGAGAGGACGGCGCGGCGAGGGACACCGAGUGGACGGAGACGAAGGACGAGGAGCAGCAGGAGGAGGAGGAGGAGGAGGAGGGAGACCGAGAGGAAGAAAGAAAGAGCCCACUCUGCUCUUGCAUGUAGUUUUCUGUAAACAUUUGAAGGAACUCUGGACCUUUUUGAUUUUUUCAGGUCCCAUUUCUGUCGGAGCGGGGGAGGGGAGCCGCCUCUGGUCCAUCACAGCUAUCUGUCCUGUGCUUAGGGAGCCUCUAUUCUUACUUUAAAAAAAAAAAAAAAAAAGCUGAAAACUGAGACAGGAGGGGGA